CGAUCGCGCAAAACGCGCUGAGUUUGCGCGCUUCGUGAUCUGAGAGGUCAGAAUAUAGCAACAACAGCGGCGUUUUGUGGUUCUUUGGGGCUUCCUGCCGAUUCAUGACUGUUGGUCAACAGCAAACGAAAAAUUCGAAAAAAAAAAAGACAAUAAGCAAAAGCGGACACUACUUCCUGAACAAUUCAAGGAGCAGAUUUAAACUAUUACCAGCAAGAUGCCGGGUAAGCGUGAUCAGAAACCUCCUGUAGACGCUGCCGAUGUAAAGAAGGCCAAACGUGAUAGACGUUCAACGGACGAACAGAACGGCAGAAAAGGUUGUGACUCGGAUUUUGGCUCGCCACCCAAGAAAAUAAAGGCUUUCAAAAUGUCUUCUGAGGCUGAGAAAUUCUGCGCGAAAUUCAAAAGCCCGGAGGAUUCGAUCAAGUGGCUUCUAACAAACGCCAAAAUGAGUGUCGAAGAAUUCUUUAAAACUAAGUGGCAAAACGGUGCUUUUUCCAUGCACGCGGACGAAGAAUAUAAAGAUCUGGCCAAAAUAUUUAGUUACGACUUCCUACUCAAACUUCUGAAAGAUGAAGAAUACAAUUUUCAACCGGAGCUCGACUUUACUUAUGGCAGAUACCCUGGUGACUGCUCUGUGAACGAGAAUAUUAAGAACCUGAGCGUGAAAGAGGUGGACCGGGCGCUAGAAGCCGGCGACUGUCUCAAGAUUAUGGAACCCCAUCGAUUUCAGCCCGCGCUCCAUGCGCUGCUGAGCCCAUUAGAGUCGUUCUUUGGGUCGCUCGUAUUCUCGGAUGGAUAUAUCUGCCCACCAAAGGGACAGUUCAGAGGUAUACAUUUCAUCGACGAGGAAUGUUUUGUUGUUCAGACUGAAGGCACACAAACAUGGACAAUCUACGAGGACAAAGAAAAAUUGUCGACGAACUAUUCCAAUGAUUACGAGAAAGGAGAUGUUGGAAAGCCUAUCAAAACAGUGACGCUUAAGCCCGGUGAUGUACUGUACAUGCCUCGAGGCACAGUUAAAGAAUGCGCCGCUGGAGACACCCGCAGCAGCUAUUUCGUCGUAAGAACCUAUCAGCGUAUGUACUGGGCCAACUACUUCAGUGAGACUUUGGCGGUUCUAAUCAAUUCGCUCGAACAAAGACAUGUUGACCUACGACGUGGCCUACCCUUGGGCUUUCUGCCACGCGCAAAUAUGACCAAGGACGACUUUGCCGCUUACAUGACUAAGCUCGCUGAGCUUGUGAAAGCUGACCCCGAACCUCUGCCUACGCCCGCAGGUAUGGUGAUCGAGUUCAUGGCGUGCCGGAUGCCGCCAUUCGGAGUUUCGUUCGACCUCUCAGCAGACAAAGCUCCAGAGGGAAAAUCAAGAGUCCAGUUGCGGUCGAGAGGCCAUAUGGCGUACUACACAAGGCCCGCAGGUCCUUUUGAUCCUGACGAAGCAGCAGACGAGGAAGACGCAGAUGAGCCUACAAACGAAAACGACGAGGAGGAUAUUAACACCGAAGAAUCGGAACUUGUCAUUCUUUCGUCGGUAAAAAAUGACCUCCUGAGACAUGGAACGCCCCAGAUCGACUCAUCAGCUGAAGAACUUGUUGUUGACCCGGCUUAUGAAAAAAUUCUAGAAAAGCUCGUUAAUGCUGAGAAGCCCUUGAAGAUUAGCGACUUAGAGGUAACAGAUACUGACAGAAAGGGAAAACCAUUGGACGCAUUAAUGCUGGCUAGAGGCCUGUAUAAUAUUGGCGCCCUAAUGGUCGUUGAAUAAAAGCUCUCUAGGUAUUUACAGCCUUUUGCGAUUUUUGAUAGUCUGUAAUUACAUAAUGCUUUUGUCUCAUCUAUAAAUGUCAAUACAAAAAAAAAACGUUAACUUACCCCAUGAAUCUGUCACCCGUCUGCUGCAGCUUAUUGCGUCUCUGAGCCGUAACACAACUUUUGAGUUAUAAGACAUAGAGAAAGAGUACCAGAGCCGUUAAGUGUGGUUGGUGUUGCCUCUGAGCAAAUGUUCACGUUGAAAAUGUUUCUAAGUACAUCAGAUACAGCAACGCUCGUUGAUCCACGAGAUGAAAAAAGAGAAUUAACGCUGCCGAUUUAAUAGUUUUUCUGCAGAACGAUGGCGUUUUAUGAGUCCAGUUACCUCCAACCUUGUUAAAAUAAGUCGAUAAGCCAUAGACAUGUAAAUAUUGCAUGGCAUGAGAUUUUCGAUUACCACAUCGUGAGGUAAAAAGCCAGAAGUGAAAUAUUGACGUAAAAAAAACAAAGAAUCUACUGCGUUUGUAUAGUGAAAAGUAUUAGCGAGCCGAAAUGGUCUCGCUAUGAGCGUCCAACAAGGAACGAAAACAUGUUGACUGAACGUUGUUGGCGACACAGGCAGGUACUAAAGAAAGCAAUUUGGAAGAACUAUAUUAUUUACAGUCUGUCAUCUAAUAAAUAUAUUUUGGCAUGAUUAGGUGAAAGAAUUAUAAUGUGAUUUCCAUUUAGUAUCUUAUGCUUGACUCAUGUAAAACGACAAUGUUUAGAUAGCAUCAGUAGGAGCUAAACAGCAAUUUUCAUUCAAACGAAGUUCUAGACCAGCGUCGUCAUCAAAUGUAGAACAAAGUAGCGUAUCUCGUUUUAAGUUCCAGUAAAGCUUAUAUGUUGGAAAAUGGCUAAAAAUCAAAUUUGCUACAUACAAAUGGGUUUAAGGAAUAAUCUCGAAAUCGUAAAAAGAGUCCUGAUCAUGUAAUUUCUAUUUAACAAAGUAUAAAUAAGUUCCAGAAAAUUUUAACCAUUAUAUAGUAUUCUGUUACGAUUGGAGCUAUAGCUAAAUUAAAUUCUUAAAUGAAUUUAAGGCUUUAAUUUGGCCAUAGCUUGCACAAGGCGGUAAACAGUUGAUAUAGAUUACUUGGAUUUAGCUAAGCAAGAAGCAAGUUGAACUGGGGCAUUUACUGCAGUCAACAACAAACUGAUAUAACGAUAUCGCUAAAUGCAAAUUGAAGGCUAUACUAGCUCACCAAAAUAAUCAAACUGUGAAUCACCGUG